AUGCCUCCCCCCUUCUCCCAUAUUGCGCACUGUAGUUUCUUGUUUGCCAAUCCCUUCCUCCCCGUCAUCGCUUCCCCUCCCCUACCAACCACCAGUUGCCUCACCCUCCCAUCCCACCCACCUCGUCAUCGGCUCUCCCUCUCACCUUCCCAUCGCUGCUCCCUUCCACCCCGCCAUCCACUUUCCAUUCCACCUCGCAAUCUCCUCUCCCUCCCACCCGCUGUCGCCGCUCCCUCCCUCCCGCCGUCGCCUCUCCGUUCCUCCCGCCGUCGCCUCUCCCUCCUCCCCGCCGUCGCCUCUCCCUCCUCCCCGCCGUCGCCUCUCCCUCCUCCCCGCCGUCGCCUCUCCCUCCCUCCCGCCGUCGCCUCUCCGUUUCUCCCGCCGUCGCCUCUCCCUCCUCCCCGCCGUCGCCUCUCCCUCCUCCCCGCCGUCGCCUCUCCCUCCCUCCCGCCGUCGCCUCUCCCUCCCUCCCGCCUUAGCUCUCCCUCCUCCCCGCCAUCGCCGCUCCCUCCCUCCCGCCGUCGCCUCUCCGUUCCUCCCCGCCGUCGCCUCUCCCUCCUCCCCGCCGUCGCCUCUCCCUCCCUCCCGCCUUCGCCUCUCCCUCCUCCUCGCCAUCGCCGCUCCCUCCCUCCCGCCGUCGCCUCUCCGUUCCUCCCCGCCGUCGCCUCUCCCUCCCUCCCGCCUUCGCCUCUCCCUCCUCCCCGCCAUCGCCGCUCCCUCCCUCCCGCCGUCGCCUCUUCGUUCCUCCCCGCCGUCGCCUCUCCCUCCUCCCCGCCGUCGCCUCUCCCUCCUCCCCGCCGUCGCCUCUCCCUCCUACCCCGUAGUCGCCUCCGGCGACCAGUGCACGGGCGCAACCGCGAGUUGGUGCGCGAGCGCUUUUUGGUGCGCGAGCGCGGGUUGUUUUCCGAGUUGCCGUGCUCUCUUCGUGAAGAAAGGGAGAGACGCGGAGCGCGAGGGAGAGCGUGUGCACUGGAGCGCACGCAUAGGAAAGGAGUGAGUUGCAUUCGCUGA